UGCCAGGUGAGGUGUAACGUCUUCGCCUCCCCUCCGUAACCGCACAGCAGCGCAGGCAGCCCGGCGGUGUCGCUCGUCUCGGCUCCGCACGCGUGGAGAGACCCAGGCCCGUCGCCCCCCACUCCCUCCAGCCUCUGUCGCCCCCGCUAUGCCGAAGGCGAGCAGGAAGGGAUGCAGCUGCCCGGGCUUCCUGAGGAAGAACUGGCUCCUGCUCAGCACGGCGGCCGCCGUGGUGAUGGGUAUUGGAAUCGGCAUGCUGGUACGGGAAUAUGGCAAACUAUCUAACCUGGAUAAAUUCUACUUUUCCUUUCCCGGGGAACUGCUGAUGAGAAUGCUCAAACUCAUCAUUCUGCCAUUAAUCAUAUCAAGUAUGAUCACAGGUGUUGCUGCCUUGGAUUCCAGCGUUUCUGGGAAGAUUGGUUUGCGAGCGGUCUUAUAUUAUUUCUGCACUACAGUCAUUGCUGUAAUACUAGGGAUUGUCUUAGUUGUGACCAUCAAACCCGGAGUGACUCAAAAAGCAAAUGAGAUCAACAGAGUGGGCAAUACCCCAGAAGUCAGUACUGUUGAUGCCAUGCUGGAUCUCAUCAGGAAUAUGUUCCCAGAAAACCUUGUCCAGGCCUGUUUUCAGCAGUAUAAAACCAAACGUGAAAAAGUUGAAGCUACAACUGGCUUGGAUAAAAAUAGCUCCACAUUUACACAAGAACCUGUUACAGCUGCGACGACAGCAGAGGCUUCAGAGAACAAAACCCAAGAAUACAAAAUCGUGGGCAUGUAUUCCAACGGCAUCAAUGUGCUGGGGUUGAUCGUCUUUUGUCUUGUUUUUGGAAUUGUUAUUGGGAAAAUGGGAGAGAAAGGACAAGUGCUGGUGGAUUUUUUCAAUGCACUGAAUGAAGCUACGAUGAGAAUAGUUCAGAUAAUUAUGUGGUAUAUGCCAGUUGGUAUUGUGUUUUUAGUUGCUGGGAAGAUAGUAGAAGUUGAGGACUGGGAAAUCUUUCGUAAACUGGGUCUCUAUAUGGCUACAGUACUAAGUGGACUUGCAAUCCAUUCCACUGUAAUUCUGCCACUGAUCUACUUAAUAAUAGUGAGGAAAAAUCCUUUUCGGUUUGCCAUGGGGAUGGCUCAAGCACUUCUGACAGCCCUCAUGAUUUCUUCCAGUUCAGCAACUUUGCCUGUCACCUUCCGCUGUGCAGAACAAAAAAACUCCAUCGACAAAAGAAUUACCAGGUUUGUUCUUCCAGUUGGAGCUACCAUCAACAUGGAUGGCACAGCUCUUUACGAAGCAGUAGCAGCUGUAUUUAUUGCACAACUGAAUGACUUAGAACUGGAUAUUGGCCAAAUAGUUACCAUUAGUGUCACAGCUACAGCAGCCAGCAUUGGGGCUGCAGGUGUUCCCCAAGCCGGACUUGUCACCAUGGUGAUUGUACUGAGCGCCGUUGGCCUGCCCGCUGAAGAUGUUACUCUGAUCAUCGCAGUUGAUUGGCUUCUGGAUCGAUUCAGAACAAUGGUGAAUGUCUUGGGAGAUGCCUUUGGUACAGGGAUAGUGGAGAAGCUCUCUAAAAAGGAGCUGGAGCAGAUGGAUGUCUCCUCUGAAGUCAGCAUAGUCAAUCCUUUUGCCUUGGAAACAAGAAUUCUUGAUAAUGAUGAAACAGAGACCAAGAAAUCGUACGUCAAUGGAGGCUUUGCUGUAGAUAAGUCUGACACCAUAUCCUUCACGCAGACAUCUCAAUUCUAAAGCCAGUAGUUUUCAGGUGAAACAGGAGCACUAGAGGGCAUGGCCAUAUGCAAUAUCUCAAAAAGCUUAAAGGAUAAUUAAAAAUGAAUUACAUCGCAUAUGCAUUUGAUUUACUACUCAGACUCUGGUUCUCCUUACCAGUUCUGCCCCCUUCUCAUCACCUCCCAAAAAUUUGAAUUCACCACUUUUAGUCCUUGGGGAUAGAUUGAAGAAAAAGACAGUUGUAAAAUACUUUCUUUUUUUUCUUUUAAGAAUAUACACUAUUACUGAGGCUGUGAAAUGCCUCUUUGGAAUAAGCAUGCUUAUAAAUGGGGAUCUUAGCUUUGACAGCCAAACGUGUUUUACUCAGGAGUAGCACAGCAUUCCACAUUCUUACCCACAUUACAAAGCAUCUGUAUGAAAUCCCUUUUAACAUCCUUGCCUUCUAAACAGAUUGCACUGUACUUGACACCUACUGUAACUUGAUCACGUGCCAAAAUACUCAUUUCUGCAGCUGAGAGGAUACCACUUGAGUGAUUGAGGAAGGAACAGACCAGAAAGGCCUUGUAAUAAGUAUUUUACUGUGAACAGGGUUUCAUUUUUCUUUAAUUGUGAAAUAAUUGGGCAUGGAAGAAUUUCCAAUGUUCAUGUAGCUAGGUUUUCCCAUGCCUUUCAUGUGAACGCCAGCCACUGGGAUUUGCCUUUAGAUGUGAAAUAAAUUGCUGUGAGUUUGCUCUUUUGGAAUUUGAAGAGGUUUUGUAGUGGUACUUACUUUGAUGGCCUUCUAGUACAUUUCCAUCAGAAACAGAAAUAAGUACCAUUGUUCACCUCUGACUCUAACCAAAUAUUAAUCAGCCCAAAAGUAGGCAGAGGUCAUGAAGAUGAAAAUAGACUAUAUAACAACGCAUAGUGCAAAUUCUAAACCUUUCCUCCUUGGAAUAAAACCAGAUAUAAUAUCAAGAAUACAGGAAGCAUACCUCUUUCUAGAAAGAAACCACUGUCACUAAGCGUUUUAGACAGACUGGUUCGUUUUUUGCUCUUUCGUUUAGUUUGCCAGUAGAACAUGCAAGUUUGUAGCUGCAACACUACUACAGUGCCAACAUAUCAGUUAACUGUAUCUUAAGAAGCAUUUCUGGACCCAGAAAGUCAUGCGUUCAGGUGGCUUGCUGUAAGAUAAGAAGCACCAAGAACUUCCUCAUAAAAAAUCACCAUUUUAUACAAGAUUUCCAUGGUGCAGAAAUCACUCUCAAGGGAGAAGUUGCUGUAACAAUUUUUUUUGCCUUGCACAUUAGCCAUUUUAUAUGUAAACUGAAAUUUGUUUGUAAAUAAGGUCAUGGUAAACCUAAAAUUGCACUCAUAUGCUAACAAAAAAAAAAAAAAAACAACUUCAAGUUCCUGCAGUGUUAUAUAUCCAAUUCAAUCCUACACUUUUGUAUUUAAAUAAACCAGAAGCGUGCCAAAGAGAACUGAUGAAGAAAAUAAGAAAAUAUUUACUGUAGGUUUUGAUAAAUUGCACCUUAAAUCAACAAGUCAAUGAGACAUAAUACUGUACUUAAAUUAAACAUUGUAAACUAUAUGGAAGUGUUAAUCUAAGUAUUGGUAUGUUUAUACAAAAUAAGUAAGACUGAGUAAAUCCAUCUUGUGCAGAAAUAGUAUGAGACAGUGUCUAUUUCUACAGCUUUGCAUAUGGGAGGAAAAAACCCACAGGUUUUCACAACUACGCUUUGUCUUUUCAUUGCUUUUCUAAGUCACCCUUUUAUGAUCACCACAUUAUGUAGUCACUCUGUUAUGAUGUACUGUGAACAGUGUUCCUAACGUGUUCUAAAUAAAUAAUUUCUCUCUUUA